GGUCCCUAGGAUCUCCUUGGCUUCUCUCCACACGUACUUGUUCCUUUCCCUGGCCCUAGCAGGAGCUGAUGGUGCUUGGGACCCGCCUGGGAUUUCCUCCCCCUGCCGUUCUGGGGGUUGGUGAGAUUCAGGCAACUCCCUUUCCCUGCUCCCCGCAGCCCCACUCUGGGGGCCUGAGGCCUUUCUUGAGCACAGACAGGAGUCAAGUGAGACCUGGGUAUCGUUGGAUGGGAGGGUCCUGUACCUUUUCUAGGUUGCAGAUUAGCACUUUAAAGCCACCUUGGCCCCAGUGAAACGCUUGCCAACCUGCCCCAAGUGUCUGGACAUUAACAGCUUCAUGUGCAUGUAGCCAGCACUCGGUGCACGUGGCUGUUACAUGGACAAGCUGGGCAGGUAGUGUUUUCAACAGGGAAGGUAUCUUCCCCAAGGGAUUUAGUACCUGCUCUGAAAUUCCCACUGGAGCUUGUGUUACAGCAGGAGGAAAGAAAGGCACUACUGCAAACUCUCUACCACUUUGAGGGUGGCAACAGACCACAACACUGACAACACAACGGCUGUGCUACGAGAAUGGCUGAUAAAUGUGCAGACUUUGUAUCACUCUGUGGAGUGGAGGCCGAUGGAGGAGCCCAGGUGAGACCCUUCCUCAGAGACUGUUACCAGCACCUGGCUAAACUUGGGAAGAGAAAUAGCUGCACAGGUUUAUUGAUUUCCUCAGUAAAAAGGUCCUAUCCGGAUGAGGAAGGCCCGAAGCACUGGUCAAAUUCUCGCUAUGAGCACGUGAUGAAACUUAGACAAGCAGCCUUGAAAUCUGCUAGGGACAUGUGGGCUGACUACAUCUUGUUUGUGGAUGCAGAUAAUCUCCUGACAAACCCAGACACCCUGGGCCUGCUGAUGGCAGAGAACAAGACCGUAGUGGCGCCCAUGUUGGACUCUCGUGCUGCCUAUUCUAACUUCUGGUGUGGAAUGACUUCGCAGGGUUAUUACAAACGCACUCCUGCCUACAUUCCCAUUCGAAAACGAGAUCGCCGUGGCUGCUUUGCUGUCCCCAUGGUGCACUCCACUUUCCUGAUUGACCUGCGGAAAGAGGCCUCCCGGGACCUUGCCUUCUACCCACCACACCCAGAUUACACCUGGUCUUUUGAUGACAUCAUUGUCUUUGCAUUUGCCUGCAAGCAGGCAGAGGUCCAGAUGUUUGUAUGCAACAAAGAGGUUUAUGGCUUCCUGCCAGUGCCACUGAGAGCCCACAGCACCAUGCGGGAUGAGAUGGAAAGCUUCAUGCACGUGCAGCUGGAAAUAAUGGUGAAGAAUCCUCCAGUGGAAUCUUCAGAAUACCUGUCUGUCCUGCCCAAGGUCCCUGACAAGAUGGGCUUUGAUGAGGUUUUCAUGAUUAACUUAAAGCACAGGGCAGAUCGACGAGAGCGAAUGCUGCGGACGCUGUACGAGCAGCAGAUUGACUGCAAAAUCAUUGAGGCUGUGGAUGGAAAAGCCAUGAACAGUAGUGAGGUGGAAGCUAUGGGGAUUCAGAUGCUGCCAGGAUAUAAGGAUCCAUACCACGGCCGUCCACUCACCAAAGGGGAGCUGGGUUGCUUCCUCAGUCACUAUAAGAUCUGGAAGGAGAUUGUGGAGAGAGGGCUGGAGAAAUCAGUCGUGUUCGAGGAUGACCUGCGGUUUGAAAUAUUCUUUAAACGACGGCUGAUGAAUCUGAUAUAUGACCUGGAAGAAGAGGGUCUGGAUUGGGACUUGAUUUACAUUGGGAGGAAACGAAUGCAGGUGGAUCACCCAGAGAAGUCUGUGCCUCACGUGCGGAACCUGGUGGAGGCAGAUUAUUCCUACUGGACUCUAGCCUAUGUGAUUUCACUGCAGGGUGCCCAGAAGCUGCUGGCAGCUGAGCCGCUCUCCAAGAUGUUACCUGUGGAUGAAUUUCUUCCUGUCAUGUUUGACAAACACCCUGUCUCUGAAUACAUGGAACAUUUUGAAAACCGGAAUUUGCUGGCCUUUUCAGUGGAACCACUGCUGGUUUACCCAACACAUUACACCGGUGAUGAUGGUUACAUCAGCGACACUGAGACCUCUGUGGUUUGGAAUAAUGAGAGAGUAAAAACUGACUGGGACCGUGCCAAAUCCCAGAAAAUGAAAGAACAGCAGGAGCUCAGCAAGGAGGCCAAGAACUCAGAUGUGCUCCAAUCACCUCUUGACAGUACAGCCCGGGAUGAGCUAUGACCAGAGCAGGCGCCUUCUAGGAAAUGGAUGAAAGGACUGACCGUGAUAAGGAAGGGUGUGUGUUGGAGCCGGGGUAGAAAGCAGGGAAAGGGGUAUAGCAGCAUCCAUGCAUGGGGAUUACUGGAGCUUCGGUGUGUCCAAGAAUAUAAUGGUAAAGUCACUUAGAUGACAAAGUCAAUGAGGGUCGUGGCUGAAGCCCUUCUGAUCUCUGCUAUUGCAGGACUCUGAGAGAGAAUGCUGGAGAAAGUCAGGUUUGCUUUGUCCAUCAAUUCAGCCACUGCUCUGUGGUUCAGCACAGAUCUUUACACAGUUGCUCGUUGUAGUGGAGAAGUUUUAUUCUUUGGUUUAGGAUAUUGGUGCUUGAUAGGACAUUGGUCUUCCUGCCUCUGUUGCCAUGUGUGUAUCUCAUGACCAGGGAUCCUAGUUUUCUCUGAUUUUAAAAAACAAAAUUCUCCAAUUAAAGAACCAUAAUUGUGUGGGGGGGAAACGUGGAUUUUUAAAAUGAAACACUGAACAUUAGUUUCCUUAGCCACAAUAUAUAUAGAUAUCAGUUGAACACAAUGUUUUAUUGAUAUAUUUGCAGUUGUAAAAUGCUGGAAUGAUCCAGUCACAGUGCACUGUUUCUUUACUAUUGUUGAGGGCCCUGCUGUUUGUCGUCUUCAUUUCUUUUCAGUCAGUUUAGCCCUUUCCAUGUGUUCUGCGAUUGUCUGCCUUCAAACGUCAUCUACAGCCUUGCUGCAUACAGUACAGAACAGCAGGUUACCAUCAACAUUAAAUUUGUCCUUACCAAACUUAGUGACGCGGUCUUUGGGGUGACUUUUAAAGUUUUCAGCAUCUUUUUAUAACUUUAAUUACUCGUGUGGAGGCUGAAGUGAAAUUUGAGAUGCAUUAAAACGCGACCCGCUAUAUGGCAUUGAGUAACCACUAUAUGCCACAAGCAGUUUAUUGGCAUAUGUUUAACUAUGUGAAUUUAAAGCACAUUCAAAAAUCAACCACAGGAGGGGGAGGUUGUACACAUUGAAAAAGUGACACUGAUACUUGCAGUAAAACUGAGGGGUUUGGUUUUUUUCUCAGUGUAAAAACUAAAGAUUCUCUGUAAAAACACCGUUAUGCAUUUUUUCCCUGGCAAAUGGAUUUCUGGGAUCCCUAUUCAUGACCCUUGAAUGUUCUCUUGGAGGGUAUCUGGGGAGGAGGGGUGAAAUGCUGUCAGAUCCUGCAGGUUCCUGCUAAUGAUGUGCCCUAAUAUAAGCUGAAGUCUUCUUUCUGUAAGACCAAAACUUUCCUGUUUUUAUAAAAUCUUUGGCUAUGAC